AUGAAGACAGAGGAGAGGCACUUCGCCGACACAUGCGCGGAGCACUUCAUGCAUGUAGCUGGAGAAUGGGACAUUGAAGGUAAAGUCAGCACACUGACCACCGACAGUGCACGCAACAUGAUCGCAGCGUCCAAGCAACUCCCGUUUGAACACAUGCCUUGUGCAGCACAUCUUCUCCAACGGGCCAUCACUGUGUCCCUGCAGCACAGCCCAUUUGAUAGUGCACUGGCGAAAUGCAGGAAGGUGGUGGGCCAUUUCAAGCACAGUGCACCGAAUGCAGCAGAGCUUGAGAAAAUGCAAGAUGCAAGGAAGAAACCUAAAGAGGCUCUCACACAGGACGUUUCAACUCGAUGGAACAGUACCUUGGAGAUGAUCAGGUCUAUUCUGAGAAAUCAAGAACCACUGAGCGAUGCCCUUGCCCUCCAUCCAACCAAGGUGACAAUGCCAACAGCAGCUGAGCUGGAUAAACUGCAGAAGUUGGAGACAGUCCUGGAACCCUGCAGGUGAAUUAUUGAUACUCUAAUUGACAUUAUGUUUGUUUCUGACUGUGUGUGUGUAUGUGUCUGUGUGUGUGUGUGUGUGUGUGUGUGUGUGUGUGUGUGUGUGUGUGUGUGUGUGUGUGUGUGAGAGAGAGAGAGAGGUAGGGAGGGUGGGGGGUCCUCAGCCCUUGUAUGGGUGAGUUUGCAACUUUAUCAUUCCCUUAUUAUUGCAGGUACGUAACAGAGCUUCUCGGAGGAGAGAACUUUGUAUCCUGUUCAGCUGUGCUGCCAGCCUUGAGCCAUCUGUCACGAGUCAUGGAGGUCUCUGAGGAUGACCCAGCAUACAUGGCUAAGUUCAAAGAGACCUUCACAGCAGACCUGGAGCAACGCAAGGAAAAAACAAACUUGCCAUGGCUUAAGGUUGCGACGGCCCUGGACCCUAGGUUUAAGGACCUCAAGUGUCUGAGCAAACCUGAGAGGGCUGAGGUGUGGCGUUCCAUCACUGACUUGCUCAAGGAGGAGAGGCCUGCACAACCAGAACAACCAACGGUGUCUGUGCCACCAAAGAAAAGAUUAGCUCUCAUGUUUGAGUCUUCAUCUGACGAGGAGGACUACCUUGAGAGAUGUCUGGAGCGCUACAGGGCAGAGCCCACCAUUGACAUGGAGGACUGUCCACAGCAGUGGUGGGCUGACCAUGAAGGAGCACACAGCAUGAUGGCCGGCCUUGCGCGCAAAUACUUGGCAACACCUGCCACCUCGGUGCCGUGCGAAAGGUUGUUUUCACUGUCUGGGCAUGUUGUCAAUAAGAAGAGAGCCUCACUGGCUUCUGAAAAUGUCAACAGGCUUGUCUGCUUGAGCAAUUGGCUCAGAGCAAAGAAAUAAGUGUUCUGUUCAAACAAGAGAAGAAAUGUAGGCUGAUGUUAAGUUUAUUUUGUCUGAUAAAAAGAGGAAGUGGAGGUUGAUACUUGAUAGAAGCUGCUGUUUCUUUCAUCUGUUGAAAAAGAGAAGAUGUUCUGUCUGUUAAAAAGAGAAGGUGGAGCUGAUAUAUUUUGGAGAUGGAGGCUGGGUUGUUCAGCCUCUGCUGAAUACAACAUAACAGCUGUUUAUAGGCUAUAGCCUGACUGCACUAUCAUUUGAGUCCUGUUUUGCUCCCCCUGUCUCAUGCACACUUCAUUCAUUGUGUUAGUAACUGAAGCUAUUUUGUGCAUCACUCUAGUUUGUUUUGAUUUUGGUGCAAAUGUGCAAUGCAUUCUUUGGUGUUAAAAGGCAGCUACAAACAAAGAAAUGGAUGAAUGGUUAAACUGUGAAGUUCAACACACUACUGUGUUCGUGUUAGUAAUCAUUACUAUGUAAUGUACAGUUAGUAAAUUGUUUGAUCUGUAAUUUUAUUGUUGGGCUUUUUUGUUUUACAAUGAAGUUUGCACAGUAGUUUAUUAAAGACAGUGUUUUUCAUUGUGGCAACAAAUAAACAUGCGUUUUUUGGCAUGAAGCAAUAAUUUGUCUAUUCUCAUGUUGAUAAACUUAUUACAAUUUGAAAAAGGUCGAUUUAGAAUGGAUAAAAAAUAUGCGAUCAAUUUGCGAUUAUUAAUCGUGAUUAAUUUUGUUCAAAGUUCGAUUAAUCGCGAUUAAAUAUUUUAAUCAAUUGACAGCCCUAAUAUAUAUAUAUAUAUAUAUAUAUAUAUAUAUAUAUAUAUAUAUAUAUAUAUAUGUAUGUGUGUAUAUGUAUACAUAGAGAUACACAUUAUCAUCAUCAUUUACAGGGGCGAACUGCAAAGUACUUUUCAGUACUUUGCAGUUCGCCCCCUUUUUUCUUUUUUUUUUUCUGGUAUGUAUUUGUAGAGAAAAUGUUUUUCUUUUUUUUUGGGGGGGGGGUGGGGGGAGGACUGGAGGGGCGGGCUGGGGGUUUGAGGGACAAAAAAGAAAAAAAAUCACUUAUGUAUUGUUGUUCUUUAAGAUGAAUCUUCUGACUCAUUGUGGAAUAAAUAAAAGUAUUUAAAAAAAAAAUUCAACAGGAAAUUUGGCAGAGCUGACCAGAGGAAUACAUGUUUACAUAGGAAGUCACAUUGGUGGGUAUCAGACACAUUGGUGGCUAUCAGACACCAAUGUGAAGUACACGUACGGGAAGAUUACCACUGACGUCACUGGAGCUCUUAUAAGAAGAGUUCUAGGGAGAAUUGUGAAGGGAUUUUUCGACUACUGCUGUCUGUCUGAUUGUCAUGAUGUCGUAGUUGAUGCUUUAACUACAAUCAAUAAAUCCCACAAGAGGCUGCCAACUGAUUCUGUCUUCUAGUGGUUCAUUUUUGCACCUUUUGCAUCUAUGAAAUCUACCAUAGGAGCUGCUGGAGGGUUGAGACUGAGCAGAUAUUAGAUGGGAAAUGACAUUCAGGUCGUAUGAGGAUUUAGGCUACGCUUUGUAAUUACUGAGUGGAUGAUUACACCAUCAGUGUUUUGAACACCUCUAUGUAUCCCAGGCUAUCUAUCAUCAUCCCAUCUAUAAUCUUUCUGUUUAUAAUCAUCUAAUAAUUUCUUGCCAGGUUCAAAACCACAGACCAUAAAUAUGUAUGUAACGUUUUCCCUGUAGAUGUUGUCUGAUAAGGCUGGACUGGCAGAGCAGAUAUCAAAUCCCAGAGCUAAAUGACUCAUAGUGAUUAUCACAUUGCUGCAGAUACCAGCCCUUUAUCGCCAAUACACCGAUCAAUGAUAAGAUAAACACAUGGCAAUUUAAAAAUAAAUGGUCCUAUUUUAAAAUCUAUGAAAUUAAAGAUCACUAUCAAAUAUGCAUGUAUGGAAGAAGAGAUCCAUGUGGACAUCCUGCUAAUGCUGGAGUGUUGUGUUUGUCCUUGCUUUCGCUAAUAUGUUGUAGGAGCAGCUUUGUGGGAGAAUUCUUCAUUUGCCAUGUAUUAAACAAAAUUAUCUCAAAAAUUGUAUUUAAAACAAAAACUUUCAGACUCCAGAGCACAAAUGUCCCAUAAAUAAAGAUGUUGCAGUGUAUCUACAGCUCUGUGAGGCAUAUUUGAAUAUUUUCAAAUGGUUUUGAAUAUUACAAUGUCAUUUAGCAGAAGCUUUUAUCCAAAGCGACAUACAUUUGAAAGCAUGAACAACACAAGCAAGAUCAAGACAAGAGGAAACAAGAUCAGUAAGAGCCACAAAGAGCGUCAAGUACAUUUCGAUGCAGGUACUGCCAUGCAACGUAGGGCAAAGGCAAUGCACAAGAGUUUUCACAAAGAACUGGGCACAGUGGAGCAGGACAAAGAGAGCCAGCUGUAGCUGGAAACCAAUUCUACCACUAGAGACAACAGUGGAGACUGGUCUUGCUAACUGCACUUGUUCUCUUAAGAGCUGGAUUUUUAGCUCUCUUGAAAGAAGACAGGACUCUGCUGAUAUAAUUAAGUCAGGUGAUACAUACCACUAUUAGGGUACUACAGAAGGAAAGAGUUGGGCUAGUGACUUAGUGGGCCUGUUUUGGAAGCACAAGGCACCUUUCUGUGGCUAAGCACAGUGGGUGAGAAGGGGUGUAUACCUUGAUGAGGGGUUCCAGGUAAACAGGACCAAGUUUGGUUUCUUUAAUGAUACCAGUUUUGAAUUUGAUGUAAACUGUCUGACAUGAGCUGUCUUUGACUGGUUAAAGACCAGACAUGCUGCUGCACUCUAAAAAAAGGAUGUGCUGACUGUAAAAAACUGAUGUAACAAUUUGCAUGGAUAUUUUCAAGUUCUUUCAACUUACCUAGUAAUGUGUACAUGCCACAAGACUUCUUCUAGUAGGCCAACUCAAUUACUUUAGUACAAGCAACAUGAUUUGACUUUUACUCAACAAGCUUAUUUAAGGUGAACAAACUUUAGGUAAAAAAAUUAGGUAAAAAUUACUAAUUUUAGCUAUUCUUACUUAUCUUUGUCAUUUCAUCCCUCUCAGAAAUGUCCAUGCAAAUUGUUACAUCAUUUUUUUAGUAAGGCAAGGCAAGGCAAGUUUAUUUGUAUAGCACCAUUUGGUAACACUUUAUAUAAAGGUCCUUGUAAUAAGCAUUAGUUAAUGGUAAUAAGGCCCUUAUAAGUGCGUACAAGAUGCUUAUUAACAUUAUUAUUCAUUUAUAAGAUUAUAUAUCUAUUAAUAGUCUCAUUAUAAUACAGUUAUUAGCAGACUUUAAGAGAUUUAUAAUAACUUUCAAGAAACUUGUUAACUGUUUGUUGAUGCUUACGAACAUUAAUAAAAUCCUUAUGAGUAUCUUAUAACUGUUUAUAAUAACAUUAUAAACACAUAUAUUGACUCAACUAGCCCAACCAUGAUGGCUUUAUCAUGCCUUUAUUAAUCUUUUUGUCUGAUUUAUUAACAUUAAUAUACACUUUAUUGCUCAUCUACUGUAAGUUAACUAUGCACUUGUUUACAGUUAACUGUGCUUUUUGCAGGUACUGGAUCUAAAGUGAGAACAAUGCCUUAUUAAGGCUGAUAAAUCUUUUAUUGAGCAUUAUUAUGCCUUUAAGAAUAUUUUUUUUCUGCUUUAUCAAAAUAAAAUGUACUUUACUAUGCCCUUGUUAUCAGUUAACUAUGCACUUGUUAACAGUUAAUUAUGCUUUUUGCAGCUACCAGAUCUAAAGCGAGAACAAUGCCUUAUUAAGACUCAUAAAGUGACUCCUCUGGUAAGUUUAACUGCAGCUAACUGGUUAGUGCACAUUCAAACACGCAGCUAGCUACAUAGCUAGCUAGCCAAAGCUAGUUACAUUAAAACUCUGUUUUGAAUGUGCACUACCUCGUUAGCUGCAGUUAAACUUACCAGAGGAGUUAUCCUCCAUAUCACAACGGCUCCUCUUGUCAUCAUGAUCUUUUCGAGAUCCAGAGCGGGUUUGUAUUAUCCGCGGGGCCGAAGAUGUUGUUCCCUUCAUUUUGCACGCGGCACCAAAACGACAUUCACAUUGAUCGCGUGGCUGAGCCGCUAGCUUAAACCGGAAGUAUCGGUUUUACACUGCUCUUUCAAAAUAAAAGCACGUGAGAAGCGCACAAAGGCAAGAACAGCUACGGAUGUAGGCUGAAAAGAAGCGAAAAAAGACGCGACCCGCGAAAAGCAACGGAAGAGGAGAAAAAAGAAGUGACUUUACCAAGAUGACACUGCUAAACAAAAUCAGAAAACGUAUUUUUGAAGGUAAAGUUUAAAGUUUUUCUGGUUGAAAACUUUAAACUUGAAGGAAAGAGCAGUGUAAAACCGAUACUUCCGGUUUAAGCCAGCAGCUCAGCCACAUGAUCAAUAUGCACGUCGUUUUGGUGCCGCGUGCAAAAUGAAGGGAACGGCCUCGCGGAUAAUACAAACCCGCUCUGGAUCUCGAAAAGAUCAUGAUGACAAGAGGAGCCGUUGUGAUAUGGAGGAUGACUCCUCUGGUAAGUUUAACUGCAGCUAACGAUUUAGUGCACAUUCAAAACAGAGUUUUAAUGUAACUAGCUUUGGCUAGCUAGCUAUGUAGCUAGCUGUGUGUUUGAAUGUGCACUAACCAGUUAGCUGCAGUUAAACUUACUAGAGGAGUCAUCCUCCAUAUAAUAGAAGAUUUAUGAGACUUAAUAAGGCAUUGUUCUCACUUUAGAUCUGGUAGCUGCAAAAAGCAUAAUUAACUGUUAAUAAGUGCAUAGUUAACUGAUAACAAGGGCAUAGUAAAGUACAUUUUAUUUUGAUAAAGCAGGAAAAAAAUAUUCUUAAAGGCAUAAUAAUGCUCAAUAAAAGAUUUAUCAGCCUUAAUAAGACAUUGUUCUCCCUUUAGAUCCAGUACCUGCAAAAAGCACAGUUAACUGUAAACAAGUGCAUAGUUAACUUACAGUAGAUGAGCAAUAAAGUGUAUAUUAAUGUUAAUAAAUCAAACAAAAACAUAAAUCUCUUAAAGUCUGCCAAUAACUGUAUUAUAAUGAGACUAUUAAUAGAUAUAUAGUCUUAUAAAUGAAUAAUAAUGUUAAUAAGCCUCCUCGCCGGAGGCGUCCUCGUCGUCGCGGCAUACGUGGCGGUCGGCUGGGGAAGCUAAAGCUUCGGCUGUCACAAUCUUCGUCCAUUUUCCGGACAGGACAUGGAUUAUCCCCUCAUGUCUUUGUGCCUCGUUGCUUUCUGGACCUGGUCGGCGUCUGUCUGGUACCUCUCAUCGGCUCAGCUGA